AUGUCCCAGACAAAAACUAUUCUAAGCUAUAUCCAGCAGAACAUUCGGCACAAUACCAAUCAGAAUGCCCCAGAUAGCCCCAGAGACAAGUAUCCGAGCUUUAAUGCCUACGUGGUCGAGUCGCAAAAGCCUGCUCGGCUUCCUCCGAGACCCAGAAAGCCACUUGGCCAGAGAUUCCCUUUUACGGAAUGCACAGACUUCUCAUUGAAACAGUCCAGAGAGUCGGUGGCCCUGGGAGUCAAGUUUGCGGUCAAUCAGAGCAGGACGCUGGAGAGAAUGCACCAGUGGAGGUACUGGAUCUAUGAUAUCAUGAAAGCGGCCAAUCAUGGCAACACCGAGCCUGAAAUGGAAAGUGUGGAGUUCACAAGCGAGAAGCUACGUCAAAUGCUGAAACUGCCGUCAAUUUUGGUCAAGACAACUCAGACAAAUAGGGAGAAGCUAGUUGAAAAGUUCCAAGAGGUGAUGCUUGUGUGCAUGCAGAAGAAAUUUGGCCAUGUCAAUCAAUUGAUGGAUGAUGUACGAGUCAAAGAGGCUCUAAACUAUGCCACCAAUGUGUUCCUCCAGGAAUUCAAAUCUUCCACGACCAAAGGCUUGUGUUCUGAAUUCAACCGAAGCCAGACGUCGGGAGAAUUGGCAGACGCAUUGGAAUCGCUAGCAUUUGACUUCAUGGACAAGUACGAAGAGAUCGCCCUAGAAUACUUUGAGGAUAUGGUCUUUGAAGGAACCAGCAGCGCAUCUCUCCAAGAAAGUGGUGCUACGGUCGAUAAGCCUGUCUAUUUUGACUGUUUCAAGAAUAUUUGGAAGCUUGAUCCUCCCAAUCUUUUUCAGUUUCACGUGGAUGUGUUCAUAGACGAGUACGACGGAGUACUGAGCCACCUUUAUUCGAAUCCGCUCGCGACGGAAAGAACACUCAACUUUUAUGGUGAGUUUGCGGUGAAGAUGAAUAUCCACCAAUUUUAUUGGACCUAUCGUGACGUGUUGAGCGCUCGGCAAAGGAAGAAGUCGACAAUAGUUGUCAACGACUUGGAUAAAAUGGAUGAAUUUUCGCUGCUCCGCGACACGGUGGAGAAGCUCAUGUUGUGUGAUGAAGAAAAGCCAAUUACAAAAUUGAAGAAGUCGCUCCGAUUUGCCGAGCCACUUAUGGUGGAGUAG